CCUCGCACGCGCGAUCCAUCGGAAGUCCAAGCAUUGUCAAGCUCUGCUGCUGCACCUGGGUCCGCAAGGUGGGCUCUGCCAGCGAAACCCCUUAGAAACAAUGCAAAUGGGGAGUAAACAUGGCCUCGCCCAUGAAGAGGAAGCUGUGGUCAAAAGCAUUUUGUCCCGGAACCCCGCAGCCCUCCCCAUAUCCUGGGCGCGGAGCACAAGGAUUGGUCACUCCUCUUUGUACUGCUCUUUUCCUCUUAUUUCAGUUUUCUUCGAGAACAAAUCUGGUUUGUAGAUGUGCUUGGGGAGAAUGGGGGCCUCUUCUCCAAGAAGCCCGGAGCCUGUUGGGCCGCCGGGGCCGCGUCUCCCCUUCUGCUGCGGAGGAUCCCUGCUGGCGGUUGUGGUGCUGCUCGCGCUGCCGGUGGCCUGGGGUCAAUGCAAUGCCCCGGAACAGCUUCCAUUUGCCAGGCCUACCAACCUAACUGAUGCAUCUGAGUUUCCCGUUGGGACACAUCUGAAGUUUAAAUGCCGCCCUGGUUAUUAUGGAAAACCAUUUUCUAUCAUCUGCCUAGAAAACUCAGUCUGGACAAGUGCUAAGGAGAAGUGCAUACGUAAAUCAUGUCAUAAUCCUAAAGAUCCUGUGAAUGGCAUGGUGCAUGUGAUCAAAGACAUCCAGUUCGGAUCCCAAAUUAAUUAUUCUUGUACUGAAGGACACCGACUCAUUGGUUCCUCGUCUGCCACAUGCAUCGUCUCAGGCAAUACUGUCAUUUGGGAUAAUGAAACACCUAUUUGUGAGAAAAUUUCUUGUGGGCUACCACCCACCAUAAACAACGGAGAUGUCUUUAGUGCUAACAAAGAGUAUUUUCACUAUGGAUCUGUGGUGACCUACCGCUGCAGUCUUGGAAGCGGAGGGAGAAAGGUGUUUGAGCUCGUGGGUGAGCCCUCUAUAUACUGCACCAGCAAUGAAGAUCAAGUGGGCAUCUGGAGCGGCCCAGCCCCUCAGUGCAUUAUACCUAACAAAUGUACGCCUCCAAAUGUGGAAAAUGGAAUAUUGGUAUCUGUCAACAGAAGCUUAUUUUCCUUAAAAGUUGUGGAGUUUAGGUGUCAGCCUGGCUUUGUCAUGAAAGGACCCCCGCUGCGGUGCAGCACACAGGCCCUGACAAAAUGGGAGCCAGAGCUCCCAGUGUGUUCGCCAAUUUGUCAACCGCCUCCAGAUGUCCUGCAUGGUGAGCGCACCCAAAGGACAAGGACAUCUUUCAGCCUGGGAGAAGUGUUCUACAUCUGUGAGCCUGGCUAAGAUCUCAGAGGGGCUGCGUCUCUCUGCGCUGUACACUCCCAGGGAGACUGGAGCCCUGCAGUCCCCAGAUGUCCAGUGAAAUCCUGUGAUGACUCCCUGGGCCAACUUCCUAAUGGUCGUGUGCUAUUUCCACGUAGUCUCCAGCUUGGAGCAAAAGUGGAUUUUGUUUGUGAUGAAGGUGAGAUUUCAAUUAAAAGGCAACAAGAAGUACUGUACUUGGCUGGAAUGGAAAGCCUUUGGAAUAGCAGUGUUCCAGUGUGUGAACAAAUCUUUUGUCCAAGUCCUCCAGUUAUUCCUAAUGGGAGACACACAGGAAAACUUCUGGAAGUCUUUCCCUUUGGAAAAGCUGUAACUUACACAUGUGACCCUCACCCAGACAGAAGGAUGACCUUCAACCUCAUUGGAGAGAGCACCAUCCGCUGCACAAGUGACCCUCGGAAUGGGGUUUGGAGCAGCCCUGCCUCGCGAUUUCUUGCCCUAGGUCACUGUAAAGCCCCAGAUCAUUUUCUGUUUGCUAAGUUGAAAACCCAAACCAAUGCAUCUGACUUUCCCAUUGGGACAUCUUUAAAGUACGAAUGCCGUCCUGAGUACUACGGGAGGCCGUUCUCUAUCACAUGUCUAGAUAACCUGGUGUGGUCAAGUCCCAAAGAUGUCUGUAAACGUAAAUCAUGUAAAAACCCCCCAGAUCCAGCAGUGAAUGGCAUGGUGGUGCAUGUGAUCACAGACAUCCAGGUUGGAUCCAGAAUCAACUAUUCUUGUACUACAGGAUACAAGUCCAUUGGUCACUCAUCUGCUGAAUGUGUCAUCUCAGGCAAUACUGCCCAUUGGAGCACGAAGCCGCCAAUUUGUCAACGAAUUCCUUGUGGGCUACCCUCAGCCAUCGCUAAUGGAGAUUUCCCAUUAGCACCAAGCAGAGAGUAUUUUCACCACGGAUCAGUGGUGACCUACCGCUGCAAUCUUGGAAGGGAAGGAAAGCUGCUUGAGCUUGUGGGUGAGCCCUCCAUAUACUGCACCAGCAAAGAUGACCAAGUGGGCAUCUGGAGCGGCCCGGCCCCUCAGUGCAUUAUACCUAACAAAUGUAUGCCUCCAAAUGUGGAAAAUGGAAUAUUGGUAUCUGUCAACAGUUUAUUUUCCUUAAAUGAAGUUGUGGAGUUUAGGUGUCAGCCUGGCUUUGUCAUGAAAGGACUGCAAUGCCAGGCUCCCUGGAACAAAUGGGAGCCAGAGUUACCAAGCUGCUCCAGGGUGUGUCAGCCACCUCCAGAAAUCCUGCAUGGUGAGCAUACCCCAAGUCAUCAGGACAAAUUUUCACCUGGGCAGGAAGUGUUCUACAGCUGUGAGCCCGGCUAUGACCUCAAAGGGGCUGCGUCUCUGCACUGCACGCCCCAGGGAGACUGGAGCCCUGAAGCCCCCAGAUGUGCAGUGAAAUCCUGUGAUUACUUCUUGGGUCAACUCCAUCAUGGCCGUGUGCUAGUUCCAUUUAAUCUCCAGCUUGGGGCAAAGGUGUCCUUUGUCUGUGAUGAAGGGUUUCGCUUAAAGGGCAGUUCCGUUAGUCAUUGUGUCUUGGUUGGAAUGAGAAGCCUUUGGAAUAACAGUGUUCCUGUGUGUGAACAUAUCUUUUGUCCAAAUCCUCCAGCUAUCCUUAAUGGGAGACACACAGGAGCUCUCCUUGGAGAUAUUCCCUAUGGAAAAGAAAUAUCUUACACAUGUGACCCCCACCCAGACAGAGGGAUGACCUUCAACCUCAUUGGGGAGAGCACCAUCCGCUGCACAAGUGACCCUCAAGGGAAUGGGGUUUGGAGCAGCCCCGCCCCUCGCUGUGAACUUUCUGUUCGUGCUGGUCACUGUAAAACCCCAGAGCAGUUUCCAUUUGCCAGUCCUACAAUCCCAAUUAAUGACUUUGAGUUUCCAGUCGGGACAUCUUUGAAUUAUGAAUGCCAUCCUGGGUAUUUUGGGAGAAUGUUCUCUAUCUCCUGCCUAGAAAACUUGGUCUGGUCAAGUGCUGAAGACAACUGUAGACGAAAAUCAUGUGGAACUCCUCCAGAACCCUUCAAUGGAAUGGUGCAUAUAAACACAGAUACCCAGUUUGGAUCAACAGUUAAUUAUUCUUGUAAUGAAGGGUUUCGACUCAUUGGUUCCCCAUCUACUACUUGUCUCGUCUCAGGCAAUAAUGUCACAUGGGAUAAGGAGGCACCUAUUUGUGAGAUCAUAUCUUGUAAGCCACCUCCAAUCAUAUCCAAUGGAGACUACUACAGCAACAAGAGAACAUCUUUUCACAGUGGAACAGUGGUAACUUACCAGUGCCACACUGGACCAGAUGGAGAACAGCUGUUUGAGCUCGUGGGAGAACGAUCAAUAUAUUGCACCAGCAAAGAUGAUCAAGUUGGUGUUUGGAGCAGCCCUCCCCCUCGAUGUAUUUCUACUAAUAAAUGCACAGCUCCAGAAGUUGAAAACGGAAUUAGAGUACCAGAAAAUAGGAGUUUCUUUUCCCUCAAUGAGAUCGUGAGAUUUAGAUGUCAGCCCGGCUUUGUCAUGGUAGGGUCCCACACUGUGCAGUGCCAGACCAACGACAGAUGGGGGCCCAAGCUGCCACACUGCUCCAGGGUGUGUCAGCCACCUCCAGAAAUCCUGCAUGGUGAGCAUACUCCAAGUCAUCAGGACAACUUUUCACCUGGGCAGGAAGUGUUCUACAGCUGUGAGCCCGGCUAUGACCUCAGAGGGGCUGUGUCUCUGCAUUGCACGCCCCAGGGAGACUGGAGCCCUGAAGCCCCCAUAUGUACAGUGAAAUACUGUGAUGAAUUCCUGGGCCAACUCCCUCAUGGCCGUGUACUGUUUCCACUCAAUCUCCAGCUUGGAGCAAAGGUGUCCUUUGUUUGCGAUGAAGGGUUCCGAUUAAAAGGCAGGUCUGCUAGUCAUUGUGUCUUGGCUGGAAUGAAAGCCCUUUGGAAUAGCAGUGUUCCAGUGUGUGAACAAAUCUUUUGCCCAAAUCCUCCAGCUAUCCUUAAUGGGAGACACACAGGAGCUUCCCUUGGAGAUAUUCCCUAUGGAAAAGAAGUAUCUUACACAUGUGACCCCCACCCAGACAGAGGAAUGACCUUCGACCUCAUUGGGGAGAGCACCAUCCGCUGCACAAGUGACCUUCAAGGGAAUGGGGUUUGGAGCAGCCCCGCCCCUCGCUGUGAACUUUCUGUUCCUGCUGCCUGCCCACAUCCACCCAAGAUCCAGAACGGGCAUUACAUUGGAGGACACGUAUCUCUAUAUCUUCCUGGGAUGACAAUCAGCUACAUUUGUGACCCCGGCUACCUGUUAGUGGGAAAGGGCAUCAUUUUCUGUACAGACCAGGGAAUCUGGAGCCAAUUGGGUCAUUAUUGCAAAGAGGUAAAUUGUAGCUUCCCACAGUUUAUGAAUGGAAUCUCGAAGGAGUUAGAAAUGAAAAAAGUGUAUCACUAUGGAGAUUAUGUGACUUUGGAGUGUGAAGAUGGGUAUACGCUGGAAGGCAGUCCCUGGAGCCAGUGCCAGGCAGAUGACAGAUGGGACCCUCCUCUGGCCAUAUGUACCUCUCGUGCACGUGAUGCUCUAAUAGUUGGCACUUUAUCUGGUAUGAUCUUCGUUAUUUUAUUCAUCAUUUUCCUCUCUUGGAUAAUUCUGAAGUACAGAAAAGGCAAUAAUGCACAUGAAAAACCUAAAGAAGUGGCUAUCCAUGUACGUUCUCAAGGAGGCAGCAGCGUUCAUCCCCAAACUCUGCAAACAAAUGAAGAAAAUAGCAGGUACCUGUAUACAUACUGAAUUCAAAAUGUUUUCAACAACUCAAAUAUCAAAAAUGGAAACAAGACUUGAACAUGAUAUUGUACUAGGAAGGUUAUUGACACCAGAGAAGUUAGAAAGUACUUCAGGAGCUGGAAACUUCUUUAUUUUUUUAUAGGAUGAUUAUUGUCAUUUCCACUGAUUUGGGGUGAUCACUCUAAGUCAGUGCAGUGACAGUCACUACUCUUUCAAAGCAUUCCUGUAAUUUCCUGGAUUUAUGCUAUGAAACUUUGAGAAGUAGUAUGCUUUUCUUUUUCUUGUAGAACCCAAGCAUUUGCUGCUUGUUUGUACCUCCAAGUCUUCCAGCUUCCCUUAAAUGCACAGAGUCACUUUAAUGUCCUCUGGAGACUUUCACUUUACCUCCCCAGCCUCCAACCCCCUUGAUUUCUGACUUCCACUGAAUUCUCUACUUCAUUUGGCCUCUUUGACUGCCCCUUCUUUUGGUCCUCAUUCCCUUGGGCUUAUUAAAUGCCUAACCUUUCAUUCUACCUAUUCAAAGCAGGCUUACUGCAAGCUGUUGUGUAGUACAUAUUGCUGAAGAUUUGGGGUGAAAAGGGAAAUUAUACCAUAAUCGAAAGUGGUAUAUAUCAAUAUUAGAAAUCACUGAACUAAAAAAUAACUGGCACACCAGGGACCCGAAAACUUCCACCUGUGAGCCAAAUCCAGCUGGCCACUUAUUUUUGUAAAUAAAGUUUUACUGGGGCACAGCCACACGCAUUCGUUUGUCUACUGUCUCUGGCUCCCUUUUAUACUACAACAGCAGAGCUCAGUAGUUGCAACAGAGAUCCCAAAAGCCAAAAGGAUUUACUAUCUGGCCCUUUAGUGGAAGACUUUGCUAACCCCUGAACUAUAUCAUACUAUGAGAAAUUUCUCACUGGCUAGUUCCCCUUUUAACCUGGGCUUUCCAUCCUCUUCCCAGGCCUCUCCCUCUCAGUGGAUACGCCCCUCUUUUGUUCAAAUCUUUACUGCAUUCUCGAGGUAUGCAGUAAAUACAGGCAUUUAGACUCUUGGGCUUCUUGCAAAUACAAAGCUCCAUUUUUCUUUAACAUCCAGAACAAUUUAUUUGGCUCUGGCUUCCUUUGGCUAUGCCCAAGAAUCCUAAAAUGUCCUACCCAUAGUUCGGGGCAUUUUCAGGAACAAGAUCAUCAUAUGCCCUAGAAUACAAUUAGGCCAGUCCUGUAGAAAGCAGAAGCAAAAGCACCACAGUCAUUACUAAAUUUCCUUUCUUUAUGUCCCACCUCUUUCUCAUAUACAUGCGCAUUAAUCUAAACCUGGCAUGUUAUACCUACACACAUCAGAAAUCCUAAAUUCAACAGAGGACAGUGGAAGGGGCCACAAGAAAAGGAAGGAAAGAGAAAAAGGUAUUUUAUAGUUAAUCAAUAUAAGUAGAAGCAAUUCAAACUUUUCUAAACAAAAAAUUACAGAUUAUGUCCUAUUUUCUCCUAUAAUAGAAAUGAAUUUGCAAUGCCCUGUUUAUUAUCUGUCUUCCUAGUCGCUUUGCUUCUAGCUUAUCUGUCAUUACUAUUUAUGAAAACAAAUAAAAUAUGCAAUGCUUUUUUGAAAUUCAGGAUUGAUAUUUUACUUUUUGAAGCUUUAAUGUCUGUCCUGAUUCUUCUCAGAUGGGCAUUUGUAUACACUGGGGGAUACAUGGUUAAUGCUAAUGUACCAACGGGAUAUAAAAAUCAUAAGAUGAAAAUGGCAUGGUUUCCUAGAGAAUAUAUUUUUCUAAUGUUACUCCAAUUGUUCAAAUAAAAAUUGUA